AUGGAUGACUGCCUUACAGGUGCAAAUGAUAUUCGUUCAGCUAUUGAGUUCCGCCAACAAGCAACCGAUUUAGCCAAUUCGGCCGGUUUUCCAUUAAAAAAGUGGGCUUCCAACGAAUCAGCCGUCUUAGAAGGAAUUCCGCUAGAAGAUCUAGCAGUUUCGCCUGUUCAUAGCCUUCAAGAUGAGCAAUCUGUUUCAACUCUUGGUCUUGUGUGGGAGACCAAAACCAAUGUGCUUCGCUUCCGUGUACAGUUGCCGUUGCCUGCAUCUGUGCUGACUAAAAGGAAAAUAAUGUCCUAUAUUGCCCAGAUUUUUGAUCCCCUCGGGUUGGUAGGUCCUAUAAUCACAGUUGCUAAACUGUUCAUGCAGUUGUUAUGGUCGCUUAAAACCGAAGAAGGCCACACAUACGAAUGGGAUCGUCCACUACCGCCGCAGUACCAGGUUGACUGGAAAACCUUCCACGGGACGCUAGACAGCAUCACCACCCUCAAGGUUCCACGAUUCACAUCAAUCGCCCAGGCAACGUCGAUCCAGCUGCAUUUUUUCUCAGAUGCCUCUGAGAAGGCGUACGGCAGCUGCUGCUACAUGCGUUCCGAAUGUGCCGGAACAGUACGAGUUUGUCUGUUAACAUCGAAGUCGAAGGUAGCACCCCUAACCAGUCACCACUCUAUCGCCAGUCUAGAACUGUGUGAAGCAGUUUUGUCGACUACGUUGUAUGAGAAGGUUUCACGUGCUCUCCAGGUUACCGCUGACGUUUAUUUUUGGACAGACUCCACCACCGUUCUCCAUUGGUUACAGUCCACCCCGGCACGUUGGAAGACCUUUGUUGCGAACAGAGUAUCCGUGAUUCAAACCAAAACCGAUAUCAAAUCUUGGAAACACGUUCCCGGUGUAUCAAACCCCGCCGAUGCCUUAUCACGUGGAAUCAGUCCAACCGAAAUCUCUGAUCAUCCACUCUGGUGGACUGGAGCUCCAUGGCUUGCCUUGCCAACGAAGGAUUGGCCUCAAACAGAACUAUCAAGUGCUAAAACAGUUUCCAUCCUCGAAGAAAGAACACCCGUGGUGUCUUUAGCUGUAUCCGAUCAAACAGAAGAUUUCGCUUCUAGAUUAUUCGGCUUAUACUCCAGUUACAGCAAACUGCGCCGCACGGUGGCCUACUGUAUGAGAUAUCUACGUGCCGUGAAGGCUGUUAGGCGAAACGAGAGACUCGAACCAUUUCAAUAUCUGGAAUCUACCGAUUUGAAGGACGCAGAACUAGCUUUGUGUCGUCUAGCUCAGAAGCAGCACUUGUCCGAAGAAAUUGCCAGCCUAACUAAGAAAGGUCGUGUUUCUCCAUCAUCGCCAUUGAAAUAUCUACGCGCUAGACUCGACCCUGACGGAAUAAUCCGACUCCUUCUGCUUGCUAAGCAUCCGUUGGCGAGCCUGUUGGCCGAUUACUAUCACCGAACUCUACUCCACGCCGGCCCGCAGCUCAUGUUAGCAACAAUUCGCCAAAGGUUCUGGGUCAUCGGUGCACGUGAUUUAGCCCGUCGUGUUUAUCAUCAGUGCCAUAGGUGUUUCCGCAGUAAACCCAAGAUGAUUGAGCAGAGCGUAGCAGAUCUUCCAAGUUCCCGAGUUGCUCCAAGACGACCAUUUGCAGUUUGUGGUGUUGACUACUGCGGCCCAGUGUAUAUCAAAUCUCCGGUGCGGAACCGAGGUCCAACGAAGGCCUACAUAGCAAUUUUUGUUUGUUUCACUACUCGAGCCGUGCAUAUAGAGCUGGUUUCAGAUCUGUCAACAUCAGCUUUCAUCGCAGCCUUACGACGUUUUGCCGCUCGAAGGAACACACCACACGAAAUCCAUAGCGAUAAUGGAACAGCUUUCCGAGGAGCCCACAACGAACUGAGACGUAUUCACCAGAUGUUGAAGUCCGACGCUGAUGGUAGAAAACAGAUUCUCGACUGGUGUGCCGAAGCAGCGGUUAAGUCGGCAAAACAUCACUUGCUCCGGGAGAUUGGACAAACCAACAUCACGUACGAAGACAUGACAACAUUGUUAACAGAAGUUGAAAUGUGUUUAAACUCAAGACCACUCAUUCCAAUUCCAACUGAGCCCGACGACAUAGAAGCGCUUACGCCUGGACACUUCCUUGUUGGAGUAAGCCUGCGAGCACCACCCGAUGAAGAUGUUGCUGAAGUUCCCGAUAACCAUUUGACGCACUGGAAGCUAACCCAAAAAAGGUUCCAGCGUAUAUGGAGGAGAUGGUACCCAGAAUACCUUCAGCAACUACAAUCCCGAGCAACGAAGCACCAGAAGCCAGCAACUGUCAUCCAAGAAGGAAGUAUGGUCGUUAUCCACGAUGACUUGCUGCCUCCCGCUCAAUGGCCGCUUGGUAUCGUCAAGAAACUGCACCCCGGAAAAGACGGUGUUGUUCGAGUGGUAACGCUACGAACCGGAAAACGAGAAGAUGUUAGGAGUUGCAGAGGUUCCGUGGCACAGUGUUGUGCCUAUCCGUAUCCGCCCGAGUGGCCUGGUAGCAAAAAUGGGAACGAUAUUUUACAACCGACGAAAGGUUUCCGGCUGAUGUCACACCGGGUGCGAGUCCUUUUUGAUCCUUUCGUCGGUCGGCACUUUUGCGUCGACCGGCAAACAAUUAUUCUGGGGUACGUCGUCACUAUCGUUGUCGGUGAGGGUGUGUUUAAUCUUCGAAUGGAACUUCCAUCCGGUGACAGAUCAGCUGAUGGAAUUCUGACAGGUUUUAGGAUUGAAAUGUGGCUUGCCGUUUGUUCCGGCUGGUCCUGGCACGAUUGUUCCCAAUGUAUGGUCAAGGUGGCUCCCCGGAGUAUCCUGGAACACACCGGGAGCAAUAUGUACACAGACAUCCGGGCUUCCCUCAAUCGGUGGAGCCAACCUGCCAAACGUGUUGACGCGAUUUCAAUUCAGGCGUGGAAAAUUUCCAAUAUCUAUUCUGGCGAUGUUCCGGUGCUGUCGUCGUUGGGUCUCCGUUGA